AAAUUAAAAUCUGGAGGUCAGUCCUGAAAAGUACAAUAUCACUCUCUUUUAUAGGUAUGAAUUAUAUAGUCAUCUUUAUCGUACUGAAAGGAAUACAGAGAAGCGGAGCUCGCAUAAACUAAUAACUCAAUUAGUCGUAACUCCGAACAGUCACUCCACUUGCACGCGGCAAUUUGCGUUGCAAAAUCUAAUUUUCAAAGUGGCCAUUCAUCUGGUCUGACGGAGGUCAGAUAAUUCAAUUAAACCCAUUGAGCGGCGCGGGUGUGAAGGUCGAAUAACCGAGCAUAACUACUCGACUUGCAGUCAACCAACUCUUUCAUCAAGAAGCUGAAUGAAUGGUUCGCAGAUGGAAAUAAACCAGCGCCUACUUCCGCCCUCGACUCAAUUUGAACGACGUAAUUUUUCCACCGCUGAAAAUGCUGUAGCAAACGAUUUGAAAAAAAAAUUUGUUGCUACCUCCGCAAUAAAAAAAAUCAUGACACAUUCAUUUUUAGAAUAGGUUAUACGGCAUUGAGGCGAGUGAGUAAAAAAUGAGGAUCAAGGUCCGAGUAAAAUAAUAAUUUUUUCCAAACUUGUGUUUUUAGAAAUUUAACUUUUAAAUCGAUUGUGACGAAAUAAAUGAGCUGUUUACAAUUUUCACGCUGUUUUUCUUCCAUUAAAUUGCUAUUCACUCAACCUGUACAAUUCCCACUACUCGUCAAGACUUGGUGUAAUCGUUGCUCUCGCUCGCGCAGGUGCCCAUAGUCGUUAAGCCCAUUGCGAGACGAGGAAGCACGCGGCUCCGUAGGUAGCGGCGUGUUAAAACCUCUGCGCGCCGACGGGUAUUCCAAGAUGAGGGGAUGAGAGGGGACGGUGCAUUUUGAGGGUGCAACUCGCAUUUAUCCGCAGUCGUUGUCAGACCAUCUUAGAGGGUGCAUCCCCUUGCGUGCAGCUCCGGUCCAAAAUUUACUCUGAGAUGACGGCGAAAAAGUGGCAGCUUCUGACCACGUCCAUCCGCAGGGAAAUGCAGCUCAAGUUGCUGCGGCUGCAACACUCGCGGCCGAGUAGAUUUUGCCACAGUCAGUGGCGCUGUGCUAAAUCAACUGGAUGCACAGCAGUCUACAUGACUUACAGAAUCAUCUUCGCCGUGUACCUGCUGACGGGGAUGCUGCUCAACAUAAUCGACGUGCACGCCUUGGAAAAUAGAGAUUUCGAGUGGCCAGAAGGACUGACUUACCGUGCCAAGUGGCUCGUCUACCUGACCAACUGGACCCUGGCGGUUUUGACCGCGCAGGCCGUGAUUGCGGCUGUUCUGGCCGUCGAGCACCAGUUAUUCCGCUCGCCCAAAGGAAAAAUGACAAAAUUACAUAAAUGGUACUGGUGUCUUAAUAACGUUGGGAACGCGGCAGCACUCUCGAUUACUAUCCUUUACUGGACGAAAAUUUACAACAAAGAUAUACACCGACUGGAUUUUGGCAACAUUCAUGGCCACAUAAUGAACUCUGUGUUGGUGGUUGUUGAUCUCAUGGUGACCGCGCACCCCGUUCGUCUGCUGCACUUCUAUCAACCUUUGAUAUUCGGAGCUGCAUACCUAGUCUUCACAUUCAUCUACUUCGUCCUUGGAGGCACGAACAAACGGGGCAGCAGCAGCAUUUAUCCGAUUUUGGACUGGCAGAAACCCCUUAUAGCGAUCGCUUAUAUCGUGGCCGGAUGUGUCCUUUUUAUUUCGACUCAUGUCUUCGUGUGGAUCUUAUACCAGCUGAGGCGAUUUGUCGCUCAUCAACUAGGCACAAAUUGCCAGAAAGACUCGGAGCAAUGGACUAGGAAAUGAACAUUCCAACGAAGC